UAGAGGCAAAUUGAUGAGGUUUCUUAGAAGAGAAGGGAAGUCUAUGACUACAUAUAGGUGCAUUCUCUUACUUACUGGAACACAUACGCACACAUAGUAACAACACGUACACACACACACAUAUAUAUAUACAUAUAUAUAUAUUUAUAUAUUUAUAUACAUACAGAAACAUACACCUACUUCUAUGUAUGUGGAGCAUAAGGUGAGAGAGUGACUGGAGGUUAGUGUGUCCGCCCGAGGGAGGAUAUGUAUGCGAAAAGCCCUUUGUCACACACUUCGGAGGAUGCGGAGAUUCUUUACGAUGAAGACUUGGAUAUCGAUGCUAACAUUGGGAUUCUAGGACUUAGCAAACAACUCUACACAAAUGGAAUCGGGGAAGGCAUCAUCCAGUUUAAAUUCAACAUGCCAUCAUCACACGUUGAUGGAGGAGGUUCAGAGUUCCUAAGGAACCAGCAUUCCCCAAUGUUGCCAAGAGCAAGGCAGUGGUUAGAGAAGAAUGUACGAGGAGCAAUACGAGCCGACGUGUCGACUCCCCCUGAAAUGGAGCAUUCUAGUAAUCAGGUUCCACGAGCAACUCCACAGAACUGUUUGUGGACAACUAGCAUUGAUGAGACAGAGGAAACUAUGUCGGAACUCGAUGUUGACUGCUAUGAACAUAAACUGCAAGAAGAGUCAUUCGACUCUGUUCAAGACGAAAGUGUCAGUCUGCGCAGCCUCAAAAAAUAUGGCUGCAACCAGCGACCUUUGACAUGUCCUCCGCAGAUGCACCAAUGCUCAAACAGUAGUCUGCAGCCAAUCGGUUUCGGUCACCACAGCUUGCCCCGACGCCAGAAUAACAUGGCAAGCAACUCGCAGACCGACCUUUGCAGUUUAUGUGGCUUUAGUAUUCGCGAUGAUCGGGUUUCUAUCAAAGGUGUGGUUUACCAUAAGGCGUGCUUCAAGUGCACUCGCUGUGAUGCUCCUCUCACUCUAAGAAGUUACAGGAAACACACCAUGGAUGGUCAAUUAUACUGUGAACCACACUUUCCUCAUGACUCGGUCAGUUCACCAUCCUCUCUCACAAAUGAUAAGGACAAGAUGUUUGAGUUGUUGGAGAGAAUGCAGAGUGACAGAAUAGACAACCAAAGGUGUGACAUGUCUACAUUUCACAAGAGGGCAUCCAACAACAACACGCCAACAUCCAACAGCUCUAACCAUAUAUCCACUGGAGCAGGUAACAAACUCCAGUCUCCGUCACUUGGAGACAUGUCUCACACAUCCAACAACAGCAACAGUUGUAGUAUGAGUAGUAGUAACAGCACGCCUGUUCCAGACAACCAAAAAUCCAGAAAGGAAGGGGUAAAAAUUAUAUAUGUUAGUGUAAAAAAUAAUAAACAAAAGGAAAAAAAAAAUGUGCAAAACUCUUAUAAAAAGUCAGUCCCUUCUGUGAGUGAAACAAUAGAAUUGAAGGCAGCUGGUGAUGGUGAUGGUGUGUGUGUGUGUGUGUGUUGGCAAGUAGUAAAUCCAAGACGUCACCCAAGUUGGACAGAAUAUUUCAUUGUGAGGAAGAAAAGCCUGUCAUUGUGGUCAGAACUCUCUAAUUGGAAAAAGAUUGAGCAGCAGGAUUUCUUUGAUACCAUCAUGAACCUCCAGUCUCGUCGUAUCGAUGACCAACGUUGUCCUCUUCCUCAAACAUUGACGCUUUCCUUACCUGUAAUUAUCUGCUUUACCUUUUUUCUUCUUACAAUCUUCUUCUUCUUCUUCUUCUUCCAUCUCUAUUGGCUAUUAUUCUCUUAUCACUGGUUUCGGUUGUCAGACUACGACCAUGCUGGGGCACCACUUGAAAGAUUUCUUUACCGUAUGAAGAAGCAAUAUGAUCUCUGUGUGGCAUACAUUACUCAAAUGCUGUAUGUGUCUAUUUUUGGUGUAUUGAUGCUGUCCAAACCUGGGCCUUACCCCAUGAUUGUUCAGAUGCAAGCAAAUGGUUACCGGCUGGAAGAAGCAAGCCUCAACCCUGGCAAGGUCAAGCUAGAGACUUCAAAGUUUGAAGAUGCUAAAGUGUACCGCAAAGAUUUUCGUGGUAAAGAACAUAUUAAUUACAUAAUGUAUGAUGAAACCAUUGGACCAAUUGUGAUGUCAAUAAAGUUAGAAAAUAUGUCUUCAUCAGAACAGAUUUACAUUAUAUUAAGGACACGGCAGUUUACAAAACGGAAACUCGUUCAGUUCAAUAAAAAUGAUAAUCCGACACCACAGAGUCUAGCAAGGGCCCUUCUUGAUGAAAUAAAUGUUGAAAGGGUUUCACCUUCCUUAUCACUCAAGGCAUCUGACCUAAUCAUGGAUUAUGAUGAACAUGUUUUAUGUACUACUUAUAAGUUUGGCAUCAUUUACCAACGUUUUGGCCAGGUAAAAGAAGAAGACUUGUUUGGAAAUAGGAACCAUGGACCUGCUAUGGACGAAUUCUUAGAACUUAUAGGAGAUCGAGUGAAGCUGAAAGACUUUCCUUUACAGAGAAAACGACACAUCGGCAAUGACAUUGUAGCAAUAAUCUUUCAAGAGUCGAACACUCCAUUUGUGCCUGGUGCCAUUGCAUCGCAAUUUAUCCAUGCUUAUAUCGUCAUUCAGCCAAUUAACCCAAACACAGAUGACGUCAAAUAUAAGGUUGCAGUGACUGCUCGCAAUAAUGUGCCAUCUUUUGGCCCUUCAUUGUCACAACCAGCUGUCUUCAACAAGGGACCAGAUUUUCGAGAAUUUGUCCUCACAAAACUCAUCAAUGCUGAACUUGCUUGUUUCAACGCAGCCCAAUUCGCUAAACUUGGGGACCGAACUCGCGCUGCUUUGUUAGACUCACUCUAUGAUGACCUUGACAAGAGCAAUGCCGAGAUUUUCGGAGCAUCAGGAUCGAAACAAGAAGGAACGAAAUUCAUAAACUCCUUCAAACGAGUGUUGAGUGGGAAGACCAGGACGCAGCCUCUUGAUUCUCGAGACAACAGGAAAUCAAAUGGUUUGCCUGCACACUUGCCAACGGUUGGUGAAGACGAGAAAACUCCACCAGUGGUCAAGAAAUCCCCAACCAACUUCAACAGCCUCACUCGUAAUUUCUCUGGAGGUUUUGACAAAAAGAACAAAAUGAAUCGAAUUGAUAGUCAGAGCAGCCAGUCAACGUAUCGAACAUGCAGUACUCCCCCAAGCCCACAGUCCAGUCCUAGCAGCUCAAACUCCACAUCAAGGUUACGGCACAACAGCUCACAAUUGUCCCCCUCAAACUCUGAAAGUAGUUUUAACAGUAUGGAAGAAUACACAGUACAACAGACCAGCCAAGACCACGAAGACAGCGACACAGGCCUGGAAAGUAUGUCUUCUGUUGGCACCCCCUACACUACUAUGAAGAAUUCCUUGUCAAACAGUUUCAGUGAAGAUGGAGCCAGUGUGUCAAUUCCAGAGUCAGAAGUGGAAUCACUUAAAGUCGAAAUCCAGAAAUUGAAACGAGAGAAGAGCGAACUGCAGUCACAGAGUCAAGCUCACCUUAGAGAAAACCGACAACUCAAAGACCAUGAGAAGAAAUUACUGAACGAAAUCUCAGCACUAAAACAAAAAUGUCCCAUUAUCGAUUCAAGUACUGAGGCUACUGUUUGAAUGAAACUUUUUCCCCCUUUAGAGUCUCUCUCUUUCGCUUCCUCUCUAAAUUCUCUCCCCACUCACUGCUCUCUCUCUCUCUCUCUCCUCUCUGUG